AUGAAAUUUGUUCUCUUUAUAAUCGUUAUCAUUGAUAACUUGAAUGUGUUUCUUGCCAACAAUGAUAAUUGUGGAGUAAAUGAUCUGAAUGCGUUAAUGGUACGUCUGCUUCAACUUCGAACAGAAUUUAACAACUUGAAAAUCCAGCACACUGAACAAAUAACAGUCCUCAAGGAAGAGAUCAAUAAUAAAUCUUUAGAAAUAAAACUUCACACUGAACAGAUAGCAGUUCUCAAGGAAGAGAUUAAUAAUAAAUCUUUAGAAAUAAAACUUAUCAACGAAGAAAACAGAAAACAAGAAACAGAACUUGAAGAACUAAGACAAGAUGUCAACAAUACAUCUUUAGAAAUAGCGUCAAUAUCUAAAGAUAUAGAAAUUAUCAAAGAUAUUGACGAGUGCACUCCUGAUUUAUGUAAGAACGGGGCAACAUGUACAGACGGCAUUGACUCCUAUACGUGCACGUGUGUCGCCGGAUAUACAGGAACUAAUUGUGAGACAGAAUCAACACACCCCUCCAAAUGGGCCUCCAUGUCACCAUAUGGAUCACAAGUGAAAUAUCUGGAAAAUCAUGGAAUAGGAAUAUUGCCCGGCAAUUGGUACUUUUUCCAAGAAAGUUGCUAUUUCAACAGUACGAAGGUUCUUAAAUGGCUUGAAGCUGAGGAAGACUGUAUCGAUUUGGGAGGACACCUGGUAGAGAUCACAAGUGUGGAAGAGAACAACUUCAUACAGUCGAUUUUAAGCGUAGGAAACAGAUUUUGGAUUGGAUUGAAUGAUACAGUGACUGAAGGUGACUUUGUCUGGGUAUCAAGUGGAAAUAUGGCGUCUGGUGUGUACACGAAAUGGGCGACCGAUGAGCCAAAUGACGCGCAUGAUAAUGAGGAUUGUGUGGAGAUAAUAUAUACCUCGGGAAAUUGGAAUGACGAAAUUUGCUCACAAGUCUGGCACUACAUUUGUGAAAAAGAAAGCAUAAUUGCCUGAUUAACGGCAUCAUUUACGGACUCUAGAAUAAGGACAGAUCCUUGAGUCAACUAAAACAUGAUACGUCUUCAUCCAUUAAAUAACAAACUCACAAUGACAAUAUUAAAUGAACGGGUUAUACCACCGAUCAUGACAGUGGCUCUAUAACAACGAUGGCACAACUGGCAACAAACGAGGAAGAGUAUGUCAACUUUAAUGUCAAGGUGAAGGUCUUAUUGAAGGUUCUUCUAGUUUUAACUUCUGGACAAUGUUUACUGGUACUCUCAUUGAACUCUUCCAGCUUCAGAGUCAUAAAAGAUCUUUACUUAAAUUAUAUUCUUCUACAAAGUUGUACAGUCAAGUUGUUAAGAAACACAAUCAUUUCUAAAGCAUUUUUAAAAUAAAAUUUGUUUUGUUAUUUUUCAAUUAUCUUUUUUUUUUAAUUCAGCACUCAUGACAUUUAUCUUCAUUUUCUUAAAGAUAUAUUAAAGCAGCCUUCAGCUUUUCUAAAGGUUGAAUAUAUUAUUUUUAGAUGAAUUGUUUCAUAUAAUUGUCAAAUCAAAAGAAUUGAGAUGAAAAAUGAAAUUUGCAGAUGACAAAAUACGCAAUCAAUAAGAAAACCCCUGGAUUGAUACCUCUAAUAAUAAUCUAACAGUCCACCCUCUUUCUAUUUCUUUCCAAUAAGUAAAGCGGCUGAUUCGUUUCCCGAUCUUCUAUUUUGAGAAACAAACUUACUGACACAUUAUAAAUAACUCUCGGGAUGCUGUUUUGAAGAAGGCUUUGAAAACAAUGAUAUGAUGCACUUUAAAGGGAGACACAGGCAAAAUGUUCAUUUUUUUCUUCAAUUUUUUUAUUCAUUAUUCUGUAAAUGUCCUCUAAAUGAAUACAUUAGGCAGUCACAGGAACAAAUCUUUUCUCAUUAUAAAGUAUUAAAUGAUGGUUUUCUAACCUGACCCAUGUUUGUUUGUUUGUUUUAUUUUACGCCUUUUCCCAACAGUAUUUCAGUCAUGUAGGCGGGUAAUUUCCUACUGACCCAUGUGGGUCAGGUUAGAGCGUUAAGAUUUCACAAUAGUUGUCACGGUAAGUUUGGAAAUGUUACAAAAUAUGUCAAAUGAAUGACUUAGACUUGUUU